AAAAAAUAAAAAUAAAAGAAAAAAAGAAAAGCAAUGGCGUAGAGAGAGAAUUAUAGUUCCCCCACGGAGGUAGGUAAUGUCCCUGAGGAAGCCAGCCGACUUGAGAAUUCCUUACUUCCACGAAUACAUUUUUUUUAUCUUGUCUUUUGCUUCUGUUUCCUUCUCAGGCAAGUCUGUCUCCUUGCUCUCUCUCUUCAUCCCCACUCUUACACACACUUUCUCUACUCAUAUACCCUAUCCCUCAUUUAUAUUCCCACCUUUUUUUUUUUUUUUUUUCCCUUAUCCCAAUUCUUCUCACUGGCUCAUUGUAUCGUACCUGGAUCCUCUGAAAUUGGUUGUUUGAAAGCUCUGUUUCUGCUGUGCAAUAGAUCCGAUCAGAUCGAAUUCGAAGUCCAAAUUUGAUUGAUCCCAUGGAGAAUAAUAAUAAGCAAGAGGAGGAGAACGGUGUUUGCUCCGCGGAGUCUGUUGAUGGGAGUCUUGAUGUUUGGAGUUGUCAGAAUUCUGAUUCUUCUUCCGCUGAUCACCUCGUUGUUAUGGUCCAUGGCAUCUUGGGAAGUACGGAUGAUUGGAAGUUUGGAGCUGAGCAAUUCGUUAAAAAGCUUCCUGACAAAGUAUUUGUUCACUGUAGUGAAAAGAAUGCGUCUGCGCUUACUCUAGAUGGUGUGGAUGUAAUGGGUGAACGUCUUGCAUCUGAGGUACUCGAAAUUAUUCAGAAAAAAACAAAUAUCCGUAAAAUCUCCUUUGUUGCACAUUCUUUGGGAGGGCUUGCAGCAAGGUAUGCAAUUGGGAAAUUGUACAAGCCAGCUGCUCAGGAAGAAGAUUUGAAAGAACCGUUGGCAGAGAGUAGUGAAGGGCCUCCCAAAGGCACUAUAUGUGGACUAGAGGCUAUAAACUUUAUUACUGUAGCUACUCCACAUUUGGGUUCAAUGGGUAAUAAACAGGUUCCGUUUCUCUUUGGUUUUUCUUCCAUUGAGAAAGUUGCAGGCCUCAUUAUCCACUGGAUAUUUAAAAGAACUGGCCGGCACCUAUUCUUGAAAGAUGAAGAUGAGGGAAAACCACCCUUGCUUCGACGCAUGGUGGAAGAUACCGGUGAUUGUCAAUUCAUAUCAGCGCUACGUGCCUUCAAAAGGCGGGUGGUUUAUUCAAAUGUGGGCUAUGAUCGCGUCGUUGGCUGGAAGACUGCAUCUAUUAGACGUGACAGUGAGUUGCCUAAGUGGGAAGAUUCUCUGAAUGAUAAGUAUCCUCAUAUUGUUUACGAAGAACUCUGUAAGGCAUGUGAUGUUGAGGACAUACCAGAAGGCGAGAAUCAUUCAGACGACAUAGAAGAAGAAAUUAUCAAAGGUCUGUCCUCGGUAUCAUGGGAAAAAGUUGAUGUUAGCUUUCACAGUUGCAGGCAGAGGUUCGCUGCCCAUAAUGUUAUACAGGUUAAAAAUGAAGAUAUGCAUAUAGAAGGAGCAGAUGUCAUAGAGCAUAUCAUCGAUCAUUUCCAUGCCUAAAUCAGUAAAACUUUCAUCACCCAAGAGUCUGGGACAAGAUAACUAAGGACUCAAGUUUCAUAGUAAAGCACCAGUUUUCCAGUCAGACGAGAUAUGUCAUGUAGUUGUUUACACUAGAAAAUCAUCUCAUUUUCUCUGUGAUUGCUCAGGUAGCAAGAUGUCGAUUAUGACCAAUGUAUUUGAUACAUGGUUUAGCAGCAAAGGAAAGCUUGUUCAAUUCAAUUGUAUCAUGUAUUAUAUUAUGCAAUGGAAAGUAUAAAUUCUGGAA